AAGUAAGCACGGAGGACUCAAAGAGCAUUCACGGUUCGCCUUCAGCUGUGCCUUUUCGUUCAGAAGAGAAGAGCUUCAGAAAUGGCUGCUACCUUCUUCAGGAGGCUUGCCGAAGCCACGCCGCUAGCGUUUUCCAGAGCGUACCGAGGCCAGUCGAGCUCCAGCUCCGGCGGGUUCCGCAUUCCGUACGGGGCAAUCGCCGCCGUCUCCGGCGGAAUCUCCUGCUUCUACUGCUUCUCCUCUCCGAAUUUGGUUCAUCUGGAUCAGAGCAAUCAGGAGGCAGGUCCAAAAAUUGCACUCAAUCCUGACAAAUGGAUUGAAUUUAAACUGCAAGACACUGCUCGGGUUAGCCACAAUGCUCAGCUAUUCAGGUUUUCAUUUGAUUCCGAUGCAAAGUUAGGUCUAGACAUCGCUUCAUGCAUCUUGACCAGGGCUCCAUAUGGAGAAAAUGCUGAAGGAAAGCCGAAAUAUGUCAUACGCCCGUAUACACCAAUCUCGGAUCCUGAUGCUAAAGGAUACUUUGACCUAUUAAUUAAGGUGUAUCCAGAAGGAAAAAUGAGUCAGCAUUUUGCGAGCUUAAAGCCAGGCGAUGUGGUUGAAGUUAAAGGGCCCAUUGAAAAGCUCAGAUAUAGUCCAAAUAUGAAGAAACACAUUGGCAUGAUUGCUGGUGGGACUGGAAUAACUCCAAUGCUUCAAAUAAUUGAAGCGAUUCUGAAGAAUCUUGACGACAACACUCAGGUGUCUCUUAUAUAUGCAAAUGUCUCUCCAGAUGAUAUACUGCUAAAGCAGAAGCUCGACAUUCUUGCUGCCAGCCGCCCAAAUUUAAAGAUAUUCUACACCGUUGACAAUCCGACCAAGAACUGGAAAGGAGGCGUCGGGUACGUAUCAAAAGACAUGGCAUUGAAGGGUUUGCCCGGUCCAAGUGAUGAUACCCUUAUCCUUGUGUGCGGUCCUCCUGGGAUGAUGCACCACAUAUCAGGUGACAAGGCCAAAGAUCGAUCACAAGGCGAGCUUAGAGGCCUACUCAAAGAUCUCGGAUAUACUGAGCAAAUGGUUUACAAAUUCUAACCAGUGAUGUUCCUGCACCGUGAGAUGCCCCUUGCUUCCCUAUUUUGAACCGAGAGUUUUGUACAAGAAUCUCUUCGCGUCAACGCUUUAUAAGGCCGGUAGAGCUCAAAUUCCCGAGGCGCUGAAUAAGUUUGAAGCAGUUGCAUUUUGUUCGAGGAUUUUUACUCAAAGCUCGGUGGUGGUGAUAAUAUUUCACUUCAUAACCUGUACGACUUUUUAUACGACUCAGUUAGGUGUGUUUGUUUUUUGAAAUUUUUUUAACUCCACUCCA